AUGGCUGCUACUAGAGGCCUCAGCGAAAUUCCCACCCUCGCCUCUCUCUAUCGCGACCCUGAUUCUGCCCUAUCCGAGGCUCAUCUAUCAUCAAGAAGCGACCCUGACUAUCCUGCAUCUGAUUCCAUCAACAAGCGCAUCGGCUUAAUUCGCGGUGAUAUCACCAGACUUCGCCUCGAUGCUAUCGUCAACGCCGCAAACAGGUCUCUGCUAGGUGGAGGGGGCGUUGAUGGAGCUAUUCAUAGGGCCGCCGGCACUGACCUGGUUAAGGAGUGCAAGACCCUCGGUCCCAUCAACACUGGCGAGGCCGUCAUCACAAAGGGUUACAAUCUCCCUUCCAAGCAUGUCAUUCACACCGUCGGACCUGUGUACGCUGCAGAUGCGAACCCUAAUGAGAGUCUCGCCAAUUGCUACCGCGAAAGUUUGAAGCUUGCCGUCAAGAACGGCGUGACCACAAUCGCUUUCAGCGCCAUCAGCACAGGCGUUUACGGGUUUCCCAACCUUCCUGCCGCUAAGAUCGCCUGCAGGACUGUUAGAGAAUUCCUCGAGAGUGAGGAGGGAAGCAAGCUCACCCGAGUGGUAUUUGUUACGUUUGUUGCUCCUGAUGUGAAUGCGUACAACGAGACGAUUCCACGAAUGUUCCCACCCACGAAAGACGGAUCUGCAUAG